CGACCAAAACUGAUAAAUUUUCAAAAUUUCAUAUCCAUUAUUUUCUAUUUUGGUUCUGUCUGAACGGCAGUUUUUGUUUUUCUAAAUAUAAAACCAACCAACACACGGCACACAAAAGUGAACAUCCUUUUUCUUUUUGAUAAACCAGAAAAAAAAAGCUUCUUUCCUCAUUAGAUAAUAUCUAUUUCUGUCUUUAGGCAAUUUUGCUUCUCUUAUUAUUCUCUGUCUUCCUCAAAAAGUUUGUUUACUCGACAUAAUGAGCCAACCCCAUGUUCUUGAUUUAGCCUAAAAAGAAGUUCCCUUUUAUUUUCCCCUUAUUGGAAUGAGAAAUUUUUUGUACAUAUAAUUCUUACUUCUGAGGGAAAAAAAAGGAUGUUGUCCGUUUCGCCAAAUUCUAUGGCGCGUAGUUCGUUAGAGGAAAUGCUGGAAACUCUCCGGAAAAGGGACGAAAAUGAGAAACCCAAAGACUUGCCACCGGCAUUACCGGCUCGGCCCAAGCUUAAAUCCAAGACUAGGCCUCCCUCACCGAAGCGAAUGUUGCCCAAUAGCUUGGGAAUUAAAGGAGAUGUUGAAUUGGAGAAGAAUAGUAGCAAGAAAUUACAAGAGUCUAAAGGGUUGCAAAGGAAUGCUAAUUUUGGGGCUUAUAAGAAGGUUAAAGGAAUGGAACCUAACAUCAAUUAUUUUAUUAACAAGAAGCUCCGCAUCUGGUGUUGCCUGAGGAAUGGACAAUGGGUAUCAGGACAGGUUCAAUCAUCUUCAGGAGAUAAAGCUACAGUAUUACUAUCUGAUCGCAGUGUUGUGACAGUGCCUGUAGGAGAGCUUUUACCUGCUAAUCCUGACGUUCUUGAGGGUGUGGAUGAUCUAAUGCAACUUAGUUAUUUGAAUGAGCCAUCAGUUCUUCACAACCUUCAACACAGAUAUGCACGGGACACAAUAUAUAGUACGGCAGGGCCUGUUUUAAUAGCAAUCAAUCCCUUCAAAGAUAUCCAAUUGUAUGGGGACGAAUUUGUUACAGCUUACAGACAGAAGUUCUUGAAUGAUCCUCAUGUUUAUUCUAUUGCUGACACUGCAUACGAUCGAAUGAUGGAAGAUGAAAUAAGUCAAUCUAUUAUCAUAAGUGGGGAAAGUGGAUCUGGGAAGACGGAAACAGCAAAGAUUGCAAUGGAAUACUUGGCUAUGAUUGGCGGAGGCCGUAAUGCAAUAGAGAGGGAGGUGCUGCAAACAAGCUACAUACUGGAGGCCUUUGGGAAUGCCAAAACUUCCAAGAACAACAACUCUAGUCGAUUUGGAAAGUUGAUUGAAAUUCAUUUUAGUGCAACAGGAAGGAUAUGCAGUGCUAAAAUACAAACCUUACUUCUUGAAAAGUCGAGAGUAGUUCAACUGGUCAAUGGAGAGAGGUCCUACCAUAUCUUUUACCAACUAUGUGCUGGGGCUCCACCUACUUUGAGAGAUAAACUUAAGUUGAAAGGUGCAUCUGAAUACAAAUAUCUCAACCAGAGUGACUGCUUGGUGAUCCAUGAUAUUGAUGAUGCUGAGGAAUUUCGUAAGCUUAUGGAAGCCCUAAAUACUUUUAGGAUUUCUGAAAGGGAUCAGGAGCAUGUUUUUCAGAUGAUUGCUUCAGUUUUAUGGCUGGGAAAUAUAACAUUCGAAGUAAUUGACAAUGCAAGCCAUGUUGAAGUUGUGCAAAAUGAAGCUGUUACAAAUGCUGCUAGCUUGAUUGGAUGCAGAGUAAAUGACCUCAUGCUAGCUUUAUCAACACGCCAAAUACAAGUCGGCAAGGAUAAGGUUGCCAAGAGUUUAACUAUGGAGCAGGCAACUGAUAGAAGAGAUACAUUGGCGAAGUUCAUUUAUGCAAACUUGUUUGACUGGAUAGUUGAUCAAAUGAACAGAAAACUUGCAAUGGGUAAAGAACAGAAGGGUAGAUCCAUAAAUAUUCUGGAUAUUUAUGGUUUUGAAUCAUUUAAGAGAAACAGUUUUGAACAAUUUUGCAUAAACUAUGCAAAUGAGAGGCUCCGGCAACAUGUCAACCGACAUCUUUUGAAACUUGAACAAGAGGAAUAUGAAUUGGACGGAAUUGAUUGGACAAAAGUUGAUUUUGAAGACAACCAAGAGUGCCUGGAUCUUUUCGAAAAGAAACCCAUUGGGCUUAUAUCUUUGUUGAACGAAGAAUCAAAUUCCCUAAAAGCCACUGAUUUGACCUUCGCGAGUAAACUUCAGCAGCAGAUCAAAUCUGACCCUUGCUUUAAAGGUGAAAGAGGAGAAUUUCAUAUUCGCCAUUAUGCUGGAGAGGUUACUUAUGAUGCAACUGGCUUCUUAGAAAAGAACAGAGAUGCACUGCAUUCUGACAUUAUUCAGCUACUCUCAUCAAGUAACGGCCAGCUACCUCAGCUGUUUGCCUCUGUUUCUGCUAAUGAAGAUACAGAAUUCUCGAGUCCAUCAACCUAUACAGGGGUGCCAGAUUUUCAGAAGCAAAGUGUUGCAACUAAGUUUAAGGAUCAUUUGUUCAAACUGAUGCAGCAGUUGGAAAAUACAACACCGCACUUCAUAUGUUGCAUAAAACCAAAUAAUAAGCAGGUUCCUGGCAUGUGUGACAAAGAUCUUAUCAUACAACAGCUCAGAUCCUGUGGUGUUCUUGAGGUGGUUAGAAUAUCAAGAUCUGGCUAUCCUACUAGGUUAACACAUCAAGAAUUCACAAGCAGGUACGGCUUCCUUCUGGUGAAGGAUAAUGCAUGUCAAGAUCCUCUAAGUAUGUCAGUUUCCAUUCUUCAGCAAUUUGAUAUUCUUCCGGAACUGUACCAAGUUGGAUAUACAAAGUUAUAUUUCCGAGCAGGACAGAUUGCUGCAUUGGAGGAUGUGAGAAACCAAGUUCUGCAAGGUACUCUUGAGGUGCAGAAGUGCUUUCGUGGUCAUCGUGCUCGUUGUUACUUCCAUGAGCUGAAAGGAGGAGUAAUCACACUUCAAUCAUUUAUUCGUGGUGAAAUAGCAAGAAACCGGUAUAAUACUUCGGUGGGGUCUAAGGCGAAGGUGGCUCACAAAAGUGAUGAGCAGCUGGUGGCUGUUGUGCAGAUACAAUCAGCUAUUCGUGGAUGGUUGGCUCGAAAGGAUCUUAAUAAACUGCAGAGUGCAAAAACGUUAAAUGUAGACAUCCCAAAAACAGGCAGAAAAAUGGAAGCCAAGGAGUUGCCUCGAGAAAUUUUACCUUCUGUUGUAGAAGACCUCGAAAGGCGCCUUUUAAAGGCUGAGGCAACCCUUGGAGAGAAGGAAAUGGAAAAUGUUGCCCUGAAGGAACAAUUAAACCUAUUCGAGGCCCGAUGCCUAGAAUAUGAGGUCAAGAUGAGGUCAAUGGAAGAGAUGUGGCAAAAGCAAAUGGCAUCAUUGCAGCAGGCUAGUCUGGCUGCAGCCAAGAACAGUCUUGGUGCUGGUGAUACUACUGGUCGACCUGGAAAGCCUGAAGGUUCCCCAUCUCCUCGCUAUUAUGAUUCUGAUGACGCAACAUCUAUGGACACUCCUGCAGGAUGCACCCCAGUUAAAUUUACUAACAGCUUAGGUGUUGGAGCUAAUAGAGAGGUUAAUGGUGGUUUAGCCAUAGUCAGCCACCUCACACUGGAAUUUGAGCAGCGGAAGCAGAAUUUUGACGACGAAGCCUUGGCAAUUGUUCACUUGAAACCAGGGCAGUUACAUUCUACUAAUCCUGCAGAUGAGUACCGAAGACUGAAGUGCAGGUUUGAGGAAUGGAAAAAAGAUUACAAGGUCCGGUUAAAGGAGACAAAGGCAAAAGUACACAAGCUUGGUUGUUCUAAAGCAGGGAAGAAUCGUAGAAAAUGGUGGGGUAAGAAGAGCAAGUGAUUUUAGCUUAAAAUCAGUCGUUUUCUUCCCUAGGGUAUUUUAAAAUAUAUAGGUGAAACUAAUUUCCCCAACUUAUGGUUGGUAACAUAGCAGAGUUGGUGGAGAUUGGGAAAUAGUGUGUGCGCUCGGUUAUGGAUCCUCUGAUCCCCCCUAGAUAGUUAAGAGCGUGUUUGUGAAUAGCCUGUUGUAAACAAUGCUAGGUUGUGUAAUUACACUAGAUAGCUUUGCCAGAAUAGGACUAGAGUUUUCUCAGUCCACAUGCUUUUGCAUUAGCAUAUGUUGUAAUUAGUUGUUACUGAAAGAUGGUGAUCAGUUGCAGAAAUGUGAUUACUUGAUUGUUUACAACUCCAGAAUGAGUGGCCAAACGUGAUAGAGAGCGUUUGUUAUUCUCA